AUGGAUCCUUUACAAUCAGAACAACCCACACAACAUUCACAAACUGUCAUCGAAUGUCAACCAUCAAUUUUAAUAAAUAAUAAUGAUAUAAUUACAAAAACUGAAAAUAAUAAUGAUGAUCAAGCUGAAAUGCGUCGUCGUGCGCCAACAAGACAUUCAAUCAAAUCAUUAUCCGGUCGAAAAACAUUAUCAAAACAAGCUUCAGUAAAUGAGAGCAAACGAAAAUCAAAUAAAAGUCCUACAACACCAAUAAAUACAUCGAAUGAAACAAAACAUUUUCCUUAUGUACCCAGUGUUUCACAAAUUGCUCCUCUUCCACAAAAUAAAUCUCAUGGUAUAUUACCAGUUUUAAGUCUGGAUGGACGUGAUGCACCAAAUUCAAUGCAAUCAGACACAUCAGAAAAUGAUUUAACAUUAAAUACAACAACUACAAAUAAUCAAAGUAGUAGUCGACAACCGGUGGGUGUAUACAUUAAGAUUAGUUGA